GAAAGGUUACAUUUAGAAGAACGCUGCCAUCAGGUCUCUGCAGCUUUACAAAACCUACUGAGGAAAGUUUGGGGAUAUUUCUACAGUAAAGUUACCCAUGGAUCCUUUUGCAGCCGGCUCACCACAGGAAGUUAUCGACAGGGUGUCCACACAGCUGGGAUGCAGCACAACGUCUCGUGAGGUAGCUGAAUACUUCGACCAACAUGACAAGCUGAGGGAUUUGCGUCGGGAAUUCCUGGUUCCGAAAGUAGCCGAUCUUCCUCAGUGUGACCUGACACUCGUAGAUGGCUCAGAAGAUUGCAUUUACUUUGUAGGCAACUCUCUAGGACUACAACCCAAAAAUACCAAAAAAUACAUUGAUGAGGAGUUGGAGAAAUGGGCUAAAAUAGGAGCCCAUGGACAUGUGAUGGGGUCGCGCCCGUGGGCCUGGGCUGAGAAUAAUCUGGAGGCUCUCAUGGCAAAGGUUGUGGGUGCUAAACCAGAGGAAGUGGCCUUAUUGAACGGUUUGACUGUCAAUCUGCACCUCCUGAUGCUCGCAUUUUACAAGCCCACUGCAAACCGUCACAAAAUCGUUCUGGAGGAAAAGGCCUUUCCUUCUGACCACUAUGCUGUGGAAUCUCAAAUACGCUUAAGAGGAUUUGACCCUAGCAAGAGCAUGGUCCUUCUCAAACCCCGAGCCGGCGAGGACACGCUGAGAACGGAGGACAUCGUGUCCACGAUCGAGCGAGAAGGAGACUCUGUUGCAGUGGUGAUGCUCGGUGGAGUCCAGUACUACACUGGCCAGCUGUUCGAUAUGGAGGUCAUCACUAAAGCAGGCCAGGCCUGGGGUUGCUAUGUAGGGUUUGACUGUGCACAUGCAGUAGGUAACGCAGAGCUGAGACUACAUGACUGGGGUGUCGACUUCGCCUGCUGGUGCACCUACAAAUAUAUGAACUCUGGAGCAGGUGGCUUGGCCGGAGCAUAUAUACAUGAGAAACAUGCUUCAACAGUUAAACCGGUGCUUCUCGGUUGGUGGGGUCACAAGUUGGACACUAGAUUCCAGAUGAGCAAUGUGAUGAGCCUGCAGCCUGGAGUUAGUGGAUUUAGACUUUCAAAUCAACCCAUUUUACUGGUGUGUCCCUUACAGGCUAGUCUAGAGAUCUUUAACAAAACUACCAUGAGUGAUCUGAGGAAGAAGUCUAUCCUGUUAACUGGAUAUCUGGAGCACCUCCUGAAGCACUACUACAGCGAGGACAAGUCAGAGCCGCGGAAACCUCACGUCCGUAUCAUUACGCCUAGCAACCCGUUGGAGAGAGGAUGCCAGCUCUCUCUAUCUUUCUCGGUUCCCAUCAGAGCCGUCUUUCAAGAGCUCGAGAAGAGAGGAGUCGCAUGUGACAUGAGGGAACCGGAUGUGCUGCGUGUAGCUCCUGUUCCUCUCUACAACUCCUUCACUGAUGUACAUCGCUUCAUCUCGGUGCUCAGAGCAGCUCUGGAAGCCAGCAAACAAUCCAAACAACACUGAUCUCUAACGGUGCUCCUGGUGUCUGUGAGCAGUAAUAAUCCCUGAAAA